CAUUGAUACACCGGCAUUGAAGAACAAAGGGAUGUUAGGAGGCAAUUUGGCAAGAUCGGAUAGAUCUUCAUUUUGAUCCGUGCUGACUUUCUUCCGAACCAUCAUCUCAAGCUGUCAUUAUGAAAACUCACUCUACUACCAACGGCAAGACUGCAACCACAGACAUGAAUGGAAGCAAUGGGAAUGGUGUCGAUGCUGCACAUCCUCUUGCCGGUCAUGCUCGAACGACAGCCAAUCAAAAGACGACGCAGCCAUCAAAGAAGACUCGCGGCUGGAUCAGCUGGCUAUGGUCACCUGGAACAUCGACUCCGAUCCCUGCCCAUCUAUCUUUGGCAGCAUUGAGGAUUGCAUUGACAGCAUUCUUUCUCGGAACAUUAGCCGGUCUAGUGUUACCUCAGGCGUUGAAUAUCAUCUCUAAUCUGACCCAUUGGGUACUUCGGUCUCCUUCAUCGAAACUUGAAAUAGCUGAACGACAGAGUCCGUUUUCGUACAGUCAGCUCCACUUCUAUCUUCUAGCAUGGGCCACAUUCCAUCUUUUGGAGUUUGUCAUCACAGCACGCUACAAUGCUACUCGAUUGUUCGCAGAUAGCUUUUUGAUCUCUAAUGGGAUCACGUAUCAUUUAGCCCACCUUUUUGGCUUAACGGAAUUCAUUUUGGAAGCUCGAUUCGCACCACAAGGAUUUAAAUCAUUUGCUUGGUAUACCGUUCUUGGAAUGAUGAUGAUUCUCAUCGGCCAAACGAUUCGAUCCUUAGCAAUGGUUCAUUGUGCUGACAAUUUCUCACAUGAGGUAGCAACCCGCAAACGUGAUGAUCAUAAGCUGGUCACAGACGGCAUUUACCGCAUCUCUCGUCAUCCGUCAUAUGCAGGAUUCUUCUACUGGGCCCUUGGAACACAAAUCAUGCUGGGCAAUCCUUUGAGCGUCAAAGCUCACCGUAAUGGUAUCAAGAAACCCAGAACCAACAAGUACCCAAGCUUGCGUGGUGUCAACCCCAAAUUCUUGAGAAACCAACGUUACGCCAAACACGGUACUGAAAAGGCAGUUCGUGAAUUCCGUGCCGGUGCUCGUCAAACCGCAUAAGUUUGAUCUUUCUUCUUCGGAUACGACAAUUGUUCAUUUCGACGAUUCAAAUUAUAUGCCACAUUCACCUUUGACAUUCGAUCGCAUGCUUCUCAGGCAUUUGUAACAUCACUCAACAAAAACCUACAAUUUCCAUCAAAAACGUAUAUUACUACAGUUCGCACUGUCGUGCGUUAUUCACAUGCAAUCGCAUAUGUGGGCUUUCAUUGCCUUUUAGCAUCUCAUCUAGACUGGCCGAUAAUCUCGAAGAAUUGCAUUGGAUAGGCUUGGGCAUCAGAUUCGGGUGUGAGGAGAUUGUGAUGGUAUUGUACAGAAUUGAAGGUACACU